GGGGGAUCAUGGUCAGCAGGGAGACGAGCCGCCCGCUGGCUUCCAGUGGCCUCUCCAGCUCGGAGCGGGCCACUACCGUCCGCUCUGCGCUGCUGAGGCGGGAGCCUGCCGGCUCUUCGGGCGACCAGCAGCCCCAGCACCGCCGCAAGCACAGGGCCCAGCAGGUGCGGUUUAAGGACCUGUUGGAUGGCCCUACAGACGGGGGGGAGGAAGGGGGUGCCAGCAGCCAGGCCACCCCGGGCAGGUGGCCGCCCCCUCGGCCUUGCUCGCUCACCCUCCCCAAUCCCCGACGGGUCUCCACCAGCACCAGCACAGCCAUCCAAACCUCGCCUGCCCUCCGCAAGCACUUCCCAGACUUCCGCCUCAGAAACAGGGGCUCCGCUGACCUCAGCGAGCGGGGAAAGGGAGGGGAGGCUGGGGGUGAGGAAGAGAUGGAGGAUGAGGUGGGGUCAGCGGAGCCAGUGGUGGGGGGUGCAGAGGAUGAGGAGGGUGAAGGCAAGCGGGUAGGUGGGCCAGAGAGGGUGGGGGAGACAGCCCUCAACGGGAAGCCUCAUGCUCAGUGCCGGGAGAAGGCCUGCCCAGACUCCAACUCUGACAGCUCCACCGAGUGCCAGCGCGCCGGGGAAGGAACCGCGGGCAAGGCCAUGGCUGGUACCCCUUCAGAGGGGGAUCUCAGUGCACCCAUCGCCUGGCCACACUGUGCCGCACAGGGGGUGAGAAACCUCUGCCCAUCCAUCUCCAAGGGGAGUCCGCCUCCAUCUAAAGACAACGACGUGGACCACUGCCCCCUCAAACAGGGCACGUGCAGUAGACUCAAUGCACCGCGACAGGACUUGGAUAGUAACCACUUAGAGUACCCAAAGGCGGAGUCUAACCCAACUCACCCGAAUCAGCCUCUUCCUAAGGACCAGGCUUGCUCCUUUCCCAGGUCAUGCUUGAAGACUCCACUCAAUCCCAAACAGCCCAGCAUCUCCCACAGAACUGAACAGCCGCGGCUCUGCGCUCCGGCAGCGGACUCACCCAAAGUGACCCAGCCUCAAAACGAGCCGGUGCAGCCACCCGCAAGUCUUGCUGCCCAACCCAGGGAAGAUGCCAACCAGGGCAGCCAGUCAGGGCUCUUGCUGCAUCCGGACAACAGACUGGAACUGGUGCCCGGUGGCCAAAAUCCUCAGGCCAAUGUGACAGAGUCGGCCAGCGCAGCUGGGAACCAGGGGGCCAAGUCAGGACGGACUACUCAGUGUGAAAUCACUUCCCUCCAAUCCAGGCUGCAGAACAUGGAGGAUGUCCUACAUACCAGCCAGCAGACCAUUAAAGUUUUACUGGAUGUCAUUCAGGACUUGGAGAAGAAGGAAGCUGUUAGAGAUGGGAGACAGUCUUACCACACCGGACAGGACAUAGCGAACUGCGGGACCUGUCGGGACUGUGCUUGCAUCAUCUACAGUGUGGAACAUGAUUUCAGACAGCAGGAAGGCAGAUUUCAUAGAGUCCUCAGCUCCUUGGAAGCAGAGGCAGGUCAAAGUACAGAGCAACCUGCCACACCCAGUAAGCAGGACCAGUCACCAAUUCCACGGCAGCCUACUAGGACAGAACCAAAAAAAUCUAAAAGGAAAUGCUUUUGGUUCUUAUGAACUCCGGAACUUAACACUGACAGACUGGACAAGCCAAUGCAGAAGCCAACUUCCUGUUUCCCAUCUGACUACUUCCUGCUUUGGGGUUUCUUGCACUAUUGAAGCCAAUUGUAUCCAUGAGGUGACUGUUUUCUGAACACCAGCUUUUGUAUUUUUAGGAAAAUAUUGCCAUAAUGGAGAAACAAAAAAAAAGAAUGCAAAAAGUAUUCUGCCUAUUUACAGGGUGUAAUUUAAGAAUGCUAUAUUUCAAAAAUUAAAUUUAAUUGUUUAACACUGCUAUUAAAUGUAUCUAUGCAGAACGUCAGAGAGGAGCAAAGGGAAGCUUGAGUGGAGGACUAUCAAGCGUAUUGAUGGUUCAGAAUAAAGACUGUUUAGGUCCAUGAGGAAGCAUGGUUAGAAGGUUCUGUCAGAACCCAUGAGAUGCUUCCCUCUAUAGGGAUGG